UCCCCGGAUGCCCGCUCCACCCCAUUAUAAUCGCGCGCAAUGGGGCGCGUUCGUGUAGUGUAUCUUGUGUGUGCACGAGGAAGACCUCAUCACUGCUCAUUCAAUUCCGAUCCAGACGCACGAACCCCACAGAGAUACGACCAUGGCAUCUGGAGUUACAGUGACGGAGGAGGUGUUGACCGUCUUCAACGACAUGAAGGUGCGCAAGGCGCAGGCCAACGAGGACGAGAAGAAGAAGAGGAAGAAGGGGGUCCUCUUCUGCCUCAGCCCCGACAUGAAGCACAUCGUUCUGGAGGAGGGUCGUGAGAUCCUGGUGGGAGAUGUGGGCAACACCAUUGUUGACCCCUUACAGCACUUCGUCAAGAUGCUGCCGCCUGACGACUGCCGCUACGGUCUGUACGACGCCUCAUACGAGACCAAGGAGAGCAAGAAGGAGGACCUGAUCUUCAUUCUCUGGGCACCUGAAAACGCCUCCCUGAAGAGCAAGAUGAUCUAUGCCAGCUCCAAGGAUGCGAUCAAGAAGAAAUUCACAGGCAUCAAGCACGAGUGGCAAGUGAACGGUCUGGAAGACUUACUGGACCGACGUACCCUUGCAGAUAAACUCGGCUCAUCAGUCAUCGCUAUCGAAGGAUGCCCUCUAUAAAUCUAGCACCAGCUUCAACUCUUGCCAGCCAGUAAACGCAUUUCUGUGAGGUUUGGCUGUUCAUUCCAAUAUGGCUUGGGUGGGGUUGUGGGAAGGGGGGGGGUGGUGUAUGUCAGUCUGAUUGCAGGCCAUCAUUCCACUUCUGACAAUGAAGAACAAAACAAGUGAAAUUGUCGAAGAUAAAAUUUAAUGAAGGAUGAUAAUGCAUAUGAUGAAUGAAGUUUGAAGGCAGGUUUUUGUUCUUUCUGUGUUCCACUUGAGUGGUGCUGUGAAGGAGGGGAUGGUGCAGGGUGCAUUGGGCAUGUAAACCGUUAAUUCAAACUUGAAUGUUGCAUAAUACUGUUAAACAUAAUUAUACAAUAUUUUUUGCCAAACUUAGUUCUAUAUUAUCAUUUAUGUGUAGCGGAGGCCAUCUGUGACGACACUUAAAAGAUUUCUGACUGACAAUGCAUCAGAUCUCUUCCUGGAUCACUUUUUCAUUGCAUUCUUUUGACCUUUCUCCCCGACAUUGAAAUUCCAAAACCUUUUAUGAUUCCAGUUUUAUUACUUUUUUUGUUUUUGCAUUUUGACUGAACCAAACUGUUAGUGUGAAGAACAAACGCAUUCCUUUUAGGACUACAAGAGUCGGUUAAAAUGAAGUGACUGAAUUGAUUGCAGAUUGAAGGAAGGCGGGAGGGUUGCAGAGGGUGGGCGACGUUGUGGAACAGCCUGUGUACAGUGAAGGAGUGCUGGAUGGAGGGUGGAUGUUUUGUAUCGUAUCCUUAUCUCAAAAAAAAAAAAAAAAAAUUAAAAUAAAAAAAAGCACUUAA